AUGCAUUAUGGCCCGUAUGGAUUCGCAUCCGAUCCAUACACCCCAACAAUACGCACACUUGAGCGUGGACAGCAAUCUACUAUUGGUCAACGCGCCGGUCCAUCUUUUCUAGAUUUUCAAGCGAUCAAUGUUGCCUACGGUUGCAUUGAUCAUUGUCCAGCUAUAAAUUGUCUCCACAACGGAUAUCCGCAUCCAAAAGAUUGCUCAAUAUGCGCCUGUCCAGAAGGCCUGACUGGAUCGUACUGUGAAACCGUACAACGCUCAACUGGAGCAUGCGGUGGCGUAUUGAUGGCUCACAGAAUUCCUCAAUAUAUUACUAGCCCAAAUUAUCCAAACGGGUUCACAGAAGGAGUUGAAUGUUAUUGGAUUCUACGAGCAGCAUCUGGUGGGUCAACAUUGUUUAAAUAG